UGGUCGGCGCACGGCGUUCGCGCGGUUCCCGCGCCCGCGGACCCGGAGCCGAACGUGCACGCCAACGGAGGGGACGGGAUGGACGGCGGGUCCAUCCCCGCGCGCGUCCACGCGGGGACCAUGGCGGUCGCCAUGGUGCCCCACGGCGGCUUUGGCGGGUUGUCUUCGAUGCCCUCGCCCGCCACCGGGCUCAUCUCCAACGGCGCGGCGAUGUCGCUGGGCGACGGCGUCGGCGACGACAUCCUUCAGAACGUUUACGAGCGCCUCGCGUUGCUCGAGCAGGAGAAUAAGUCGCAGAGGCUCAAGAUUGCUGAGCUGGACGCGCGGUGCACGACUUUGAGCGCGGCUUCUAACCUGGCGGCUCCCCCGUUUUUGGACGACGCGACUAUCAACCCGGAGAUUAAGCGCGUGCAAGUCCGCGGCGCCAAGCCUGGGUACUCGCCCAUCGUCACCUUCGGCAGGAUGGUGUGGCUCACCGGCAUCGUCGCGCUCAACACGGACAACCAGUUCGUGGAGGCGCAGACGAAGCAGGCGUUGGAGCACAUGACGGUGCUGCUGCAGAAGGCUGGCACGGAUCCGCAUCACCUGCUUCGCGUCAACGUCUACCUCAGCGACAUUCGCACCGCGGAUCACAUGUAUCGCGCCUGGAACAGCUACUUCGAGAGCCUCGGCAUGGUGGAGGAGCAGAGACCGGUGCGGAUCACGCACCAGGCGACGCUCAAGGAUGCGGGGUUCCGGGUGGAGGUUCACGCCGAGGCGGUCCUCCCGGCGCUGCCCAGACUCAAGGCGUGAGAGAAAAGAAAGAGGCGACGAAGGCGUCUGGCUGACGACGACGACGCGAACGUCGAGGGGGACGGAACCGACGGUGAAGAGCACGACACAUCGCGAGCAAUUGGGGGCGACGCGCGCGGGAGGCGAGGUGUUUCGUUCGCCCCGAAGGGUUUGUAGAUAUCGAAUUCCAGAACUU